UUCCACACACGUCACGCUAAAAUGAACCAAAAACAUAACGUAUUUAAAAACGCGAAAAUCUGAAAACGCGCGAAAAUCACUAGUUAGGACUUAGAAGGCAUAAAAAUAAAAGCAGAAAAAAGCGAUUACGUGAUUGAUUGAUAAUAAUCGAUGGGGAACAAAAUCGCGCGCACAACGCAAGUUUCAGCGUCGGAGUAUUACCUACAGGAUUUACCGUCGACGUAUAAUCUGGUUCUGAAAGAAGUUCUUGGACGCGGUCGUUUCUUCAAGUCCAUUCAGUGUAAACACGACGAAGGUUUGGUUCUCGUCAAGGUUUAUUUCAAACGUGGCAAUUUCAUCAAUCUCUCUGAUUAUGAACGACGUCUUUCUCAGAUCAAAGAUAUUUUCAGUAACAUCGAUCAUCCUCACGUUUGGCCUUUUCAGUUUUGGCAAGAAACGGAUAAAGCAGCUUAUCUUUUGAGGCAAUAUUUCUUCCAUAAUUUGCAUGAUCGAUUAAGUACUCGACCUUUUCUUAGUUUCGUUGAGAAGAAAUGGUUGGCUUUUCAGUUGCUUUUAGCUGUAAAACAGAGCCACGAGAAGGGAGUGUGUCAUGGCGAUAUCAAGUGUGAAAAUGUGCUAAUUACAUCAUCGAAUUGGCUUUACCUUGCUGACUUUGCCUCUUUCAAACCCACUUACAUUCCGGAUGAUGACCCAUCUGAUUUCUCUUUUUUCUUUGACACGAGUGGCAGAAGACUCUGCUAUCUGGCACCUGAGAGGUUUUAUGAACAUGGAGGGGAGAUGCAGGUGGCACAAGAUUCCCCCCUAAAGCCAUCAAUGGAUCUAUUUGCUGUCGGGUGUGUUAUUGCUGAACUUUUCCUUGACGGGCAACCACUAUUUGAACUGUCUCAACUUCUUGCAUAUCGCAGAAGACAACAUGAUCCAAGUCAACAUCUUGAAAAAAUACCAGAUAUUGGAAUCCGUAAGAUGAUUCAACACAUGAUUCAGUUAGAACCAAAGUCCCGAUUUUCUGCUGAAAAAUACCUAAAGGAAUAUGCUGGAGUUGUAUUCCCUUCCUAUUUUUCACGAUUUCUGCAUGAUUUUUACUGUUGCUGGAGUCCUCUCCAUUCUGAUAUGAGGGUUUUACUAUGCCAGAGUGCUUUCCAGGAAAUACUUAAGCAAAUGAUGAACAAGCAGUCAUCUAAUGAUGCAGGUGUUACUUCUAGAAAACUUUUGGAAGAGAUCGUUGCCAAAGAAAGCGCGAGUUUCAUGAAGGACUCACAAAGGAAAAGAGAGGACUUAGGCAAAGGGUUACUAAGGGAUGCUAAAAAUAACAAUAAGAAUCCAUCUGGUCCUCAGCCAGUAAUAGGAAAUGCACAAAAUUCUACCUUCCCUGAAAAUCUAAAAAGUUUGCAGUCUCCUGGUGAGCUGCUUCAAACUAUCUCCAAUGCAUUUCGAGGAAAUGAUCAUCCCUUUUUGAAAAGUAUUACUAUGGACAACUUAAAUUCGUUGAUGUUAGAGUAUGAUAGUCAGUCAGAUACAUUUGGAACUCCUUUUCUACCAUUACCAAGGGAUAGUAUGAGAUGUGAAGGCAUGGUUUUGAUAACUUCUUUGCUCUGCUCCUGCAUACGCAAUGUCAAGUUGCCUCGCCUGAGGAGGGCAGCUGUACUCUUGUUGAAGGCUUCUGCCCUAUAUAUUGACGAUGAAGAUCGUUUGCAGCGUGUUAUCCCAUAUGUGAUUUCAAUGCUUUCUGAACCAUCAGCAAUUGUGCGUUGUGCUGCUUUGGAGACUUUGUGUGACAUUCUUGCCUUAGUGCGUGAUUUUCCUCCCAGUGAUGCAAAGAUAUUUCCCGAGUAUAUUCUUCCAAUGCUUUCUAUGCUUCCCGAUGAUCCUGAGGAAAGUGUGCGGAUAUGCUAUGCCAGCAAUAUAGCUAAGCUGGCACUCACUGCUUAUGGCUUUUUGAUACACUCAAUAAGCUUGAGUGAGGCAGGUGUCCUUGAGAAACUGAGUUUGCCACGGAAGCCAUCGACAUCAUCUUCUCAGACCUCUGAGAGAAUGAAGAUGAUAAAUAGUGAUGUCCAGCUUCUGCAUCUGAGGAAAUCAAUUGCAGAGGUUGUUCAAGAACUUGUUAUGGGUCCAAAGCAAACACCAAAUAUUAGGAGAGCAAUUCUUCAGGACAUCGGUAAACUUUGCUACUUCUUUGGUGUGAGACAAAGUAAUGACAUUCUCUUACCUAUCCUUCCUGCCUUCUUAAAUGACCAAGAUGAGCAAGUAAGGACAGUAUUCUACGAAAAGAUUGUUUAUGUAUGCUUUUUUGUGGGCCAAAGAAGUGUAGAGGAAUAUCUAUUACCUUACAUUGAGCAAGCUUUAAGUGACGCAACAGAAGCUGUCAUUGUUAGAGCCUUAGAAUGUUUGACUUUUCUAUGCAAAAGCGGUUUCUUGCGGAAGACGAUAUUGCUUCAAAUGUUCGAGCGUGCCUUUCCUUUAUUGUGUAAUCCUAGUAAAUGGGUACGAAGAUCAGUUGUCUCUUUCAUUGCUGCUUGCAGCAAAAGCCUGGGUAAAGUGGAUUCUGAUGCUUUCCUUGCUCGUGUUAUACGUCCUUUCAUUAGUAGACGGCCUGUGCCUCUUGCUUCCGAUAAAGAUCUUCUUAGAAUAUUAGAAAAUAUCUUAUAAUAUAUUUUAUAUUAUA